AUGUCUGUUGGCACAGUCAAGUGGGAAAACUUCAAAAUCACUUACAAGCACAAGUGGGAUGUACAGGAUGAACCAGAUGAACAGGACAAAGUGAUUGAACUGGGCAGUCAGGAUGGUCAGGAUGGCCAAGGUGGCCAAGAUGAACCAGAGGCCCCUUGGAUGUUUGACAUCUAUGAUGAUCAAAUGGACUUCAUGCCAUACUGGGAGUUCAAUGCCACAAGUGAUCAGAGGCAUUGGGAGGAUUUUAUGUUGGGCAACUGGGCCUGGGAUGAAGUGGACAAGAUUAUCGGCAAUAACCCAUCAGCAGCCAGAGCAACAUUGGUUCUUAUCAUCCUUGGCAGUGACAAGACCACUGUUUCUGUUGCAACUGGGCAAACAGAUUACUACCUGCUCUAUCUUUCCAUCGGAAAUGUGUGCAACACCACUCAUCAUGCACACUGUGAUGCAGUAGUGCUCAUUGGAUUCCUUGCAAUGCUGAAGACAACUAGGGAGCAUGCUAAUACACAAGUGUUCUGUAAAUUCAAGAAGCAGCUCUCCCACUUGCCACUGGCACGUGUUCUUUGGUCACUUGGUCCUGCGAUGACAGUUCUGGAAACAGUCCUCUUGUUGUGCAUCAUGCAUAAUUGGUGUCUGAAAUGUCUCACACACCAGGAGAACCUUGACAAAGAUGCACUCUGGUGUCACUACAAGCACACUGAAUUGAUCAUCAGGGAGUUGGACCCUCAGACACUUUGGGAAGGGUAUGGAAUUGACAGAGAUAUAGUGCCAUUUACAAGCAGGUUUCCAUGCAUGGACAUCCAGAGAAUGCUUUCUCUGGACAUUUUUCAUCAACUCAUCAAGGGUGGACUCAAAGAUCACCUGGUUGACUGGGUGGAAAGGUAUCUCAUCUGUAUUCAUGGAAAGGGCACUGCAGAAAAAAUACUGGAUGAUAUUGAUUGA